UCUUUCCUCAAUUGUAUUCCGCGCUGAAUUUAACUUCCGUGGGAUUUUGAGGUUUUGUGACACGUUUAUAAGGUGUUUUACUAUUAACUUGUAUCACAUUGUCUGCGAUCAACCAGGGUGAUCUGAUUCUUGCAGCAUCGGUUACUAUGUAAUCACGGACUGUCGGACAAUGUCAUAGUUCAAAUUCACUUGAAGCAGUUGUUAAAGAGAAAUGCCAAAACAGUAUCCAGAUCUGCGAUUCAAGUAUAUUCGUGGUUUGAUUCGUCAUGAGCGAGACCAAAGACGACAGCACUAUCUAAAACAGGCAGCAGAAUGGACAUCCAAAGCCAUUGUUUCACUAUCACUCACGGAUGCACCAAUCAGAUCUAUUAAACAAGCACAGAAACUUGAAGGAAUUGGUGGUGUAACUGGUAGAGUCAUAAAAGAAAACAUUGACAAUAAUGAGACUAUUAAAGAAGAUCCGCCGUGUAUUGGUAAAUACAUCAGUUCUGCAGCAGCACUCCUAGUUUCUAUGCUAAAUGCACAAGAGAUUCUCCACAAAGAACGGGUACUAAAGAAUAAUGUUGUUGUCUUGAUAGGUACAAGACCAGAUGUCCACUCCCCCAAACACGACACACAGACUGACAGCAAUAUACAACCACACAACACUCAUGCCAAAUGUUUAGAGAAUGGAGCAUCUGAUGCAUUGUACAGUAACGAUGAUGGGUUAGAUGGUAUUCUUUUAUUAGUUGAUAUCCAUGAACAAGGUGGGAGAGAUGUAGACUGGGUGAGGCAAGUAGGAAGUGUUUCAUAUUUAAAUCCUUAG